CCUUGUCAACAAAACUAAAAAGGGAGGAUUAACAUUGAUGAGUUGGCUAAGAGUGAUGCUUUCUAGGAUAUAUGAUGCAGAAGAUGAUAAGUAAUUUUCUUACUGCGUGCUGUCAGUAGUUAACAUUUCUUGUGUAUAGAAAUGAACAAUAAAUAGAUGAUUCAUUUUCAGAUUGGCUUAAAUGUUGAGCUUACUUAAAGUUAGAAUUCUAGUUUGAAUUGUGAUUAGAAUUUUGAAUUAAUGGUUUUGAUUGUGGGAUUUGAAUAUAGUUCUGAUCAAUUAAUUGGUUUAGAGUUUAUAUGAUUUUAUGGAUUGUUGGAGUUGCCUAGAUGGAUUGACAAGCCCCAUCAGUGUACCACUAUGCAACAAGACCACAAGAUUCAGAAGACAAUAUUUGAGAUGAAGUUUGCAUAAACACUUGAUCAUUUGUAACGUGUUUGGCAAUUUCAACAGUAAUGAUGCACUAAUUUAGUCAUUAGAUUGAUUGACAAGCCCCGUACCGGUGGAUAAUCAAUUCCUAAUUAACCAGCAAAAGCUAUCACAGACUAGAUUCUUGUGUUUUUUUUUGUUUGAAGCAGAAAUUUAAUCUGCAAAGAAAAUGUUUCUAUUUAUAGUUUGUCAAACAUUUUGUAACCUCCUCACGAAUUUUGUCUAAUUUAGAUAGAAAAUGAUAUUGUAAAAGUAAAAAUAAAAAGUGGAAUUGUGCAUGAUGGGUGUAGACCCUACUGCAACAAUUUGUGGGAAACUCCUGAAAAAAUGCACCACAUUAGUGUAAGAUGGCAAGAAUAGCAUGUACAAAAAUGCAUCUAAAAAUGUAGAGUAACGGUUUUGGUCCAAAGUGGGGCUGCUUCCAUAUAAGAGAACAACUUUGCUCACAUUAACCAUGUGUUCCACUUUGCAUCAUAGCAUGAAUGGUAGGCAUAUCUGCCAAUUUAUAUCCUUUUACAUAUAUAUAUGCAACACCAUGCACUCAUGUUUUAGUCAAUAUUUUCCAUGGCAAAUUCAUUAACAUUUUCAUUGAUUCUUGUCUUUGCAAUUUCUGUUGCUUGCAUUGCAGAAGAACGAUCAAUAUAUUUAGUCUUAAUGGAAGGAAAGGGAGUUGCGUUUUUUCCUGAAAAAUUUGAAUUGAAUAGUGAGGUUUCCAAAGCUCAUGCAAAGCGUUUGGUUGAUUCACAUGACCAGCUUCUGCAAAACACUCUAGAAACUGGAACCUACACUAAGCUAUAUAGCUUUAAACACCUUGUUAAUGGCUUUUCAGUUCAUGCUACACCUUCUCAGGCUGAGAAAUUGAAAAUUGCCUCCGGAGUAAAGUUGGUGGAAAGAGAUAGAGGAGCCAAAUUGAUGACAACAUACACACCUCAAUUCCUGAAGCUUCCUCAGGGAGUGUGGACACAACAAGGAGGAGAUAGAAAUGCAGGGGAAGGGAUCGUUAUCGGUUUCAUUGACACAGGCAUCAAUCCAUUGCACCCAAGUUUUGCUAAUAAUCCCUUCAGUUUAACGUCCAAUAUAUCUCAUUUUUCUGGCGCUUGUGAGACGGGUCCAAGAUUCCCUGCCAUGGCCUGCAAUGGGAAGAUAGUAUCAGCUAGGUACUUCGCCGCUGGUGCUCAAGCAGUCUCCCCUCUUAAUACUUCCAUCGACUUUUUGUCACCCUAUGAUGCUGUUGGACAUGGCAGUCAUGUGGCAUCAACUGCUGCUGGAAAUGUCGGGGUACCAGUAGUGGCCAAUGGCUUUUAUUAUGGACGAGCUAGUGGGAUGGCGCCACGUGCACGAAUUGCUGUCUAUAAAGCUGUGUAUCCAACAGUAGGAACUCUAACGGAUGUGGUUGCAGCAAUUGAUCAAGCAAUUAAAGAUGGAGUUGACAUACUAACGCUCUCUGUUGGACCAGAUGAGCCGCCAGAAGAUACUCUCACGUUCUUAAGUGUGUUUGAUAUGUUCAUGCUAUUUGCACGAAGAGCUGGAGUUUUUGUGGUGCAAGCUGCAGGGAACCAUGGCCCAAGUCCUUCAACAGUCGUGUCUUAUAGCCCCUGGGCUGUGGCAGCAGCUGCUUCCACUACCGACAGAAUCUAUCCUGCUUCCCUUCUUCUUGGAAAUGGCCAAAGAGUUGGAGGUGUAGGCUUAUCAGGACCAACUUUUGGAUAUGGACUAUUUCGGUAUAAGCUGGUAUUUGCUCAGGAUGCAGUGAAGCCAAACGGGACAUUCCCAAGAACUCCACAGUACAUGGAAGAAUGUCAAUUCCCAGAAUCACUGGACCCUAAUUUGGUGAGGGGCAGAAUUAUUGUAUGCACCUUCUCAGCUGGCUUCUACAAUGGCACGUCCACUAUAACUUCUGUAAUUGACACAGCAAGAACUUUAGGUUUCAUGGGUUUUGCCUUAGUCGCCAACCCAAGCUAUGGUGAUUUCAUUGCAGAACCCAUUCCUUUUGCAGCACCGGGCAUUAUGAUUCCAAGAGUUGCUGAUACCGAGAUUAUAUCAAAGUACUAUGAGCAACAAGUGCACAGGGAUGAAAACGGAUUUGUGACUAAAUUUUGCGCACGAGCAGCUAUAGGCGAAGGAAGAGUUGCAUCUUACAAGGGAAGAGCGCCUGUUGUCAGUAGAUUUUCUUCUAGGGGACCAGAUUUUGUUGACAUCAAUAGGAAUCCUGCUGAUGUACUAAAGCCAGAUAUACUUGCCCCGGGGCAUCAAAUAUGGGCAGCCUGGAGCCCUCUUAGCGCCAUGGAUCCACUACUAACAGGAUUGAAGUUUGCUCUGUUAUCCGGUACAAGUAUGGCAACACCUCAUGUAGUGGGGAUAGCAGCACUGAUCAAGCAGUUGCAUCCUUCAUGGACUCCUUCCAUGAUUGCUUCAGCCCUCUCCACUACCGCAACUAAAUAUGAUAACUAUGGAGAACUUAUACUCGCAGAAGGAUUUGAUGUGAAGAGCUUCUAUCCCUCCACAAAUUUUGAUUUAGGAGCUGGUCUUGUGAAUCCAACUUCUGCCAUCGAUCCAGGCCUUGUCUUUUUGUCAGAAUUUCAAGAUUACAUAAGCUUUUUGUGCUCGUUGCCCAACAUCAAUCCGGCUAUAGUGAAAGCUGCCACUGGAGAAUGUUGCCAUAAAUCACUUAGCUUUCCAGCCAACCUGAACCUCCCUUCAAUUACAAUAUCAGCACUGAGAGGAACGCAAACAGUGAAGAGGAACGUCAAAAACGUAGGUGUCAAGCCAGAGACAUACUUGUGUUCGGUGAUAGCACCUAAUGGGACUACAGUUGAUCUGUCCCCGACCUGGUUUACAACAGCUGCACAAGGAACUCAAGAUAUAAAUAUUCAAUUUCGUGUGACUCGAGCCCGCACCGAGUUUAGCUUUGGCGAAAUUGUCCUGACAGGAAGUUUAGAUCAUAUAGUUAGAAUCCCGUUAUCGGUUUUUCCCGUUUCAGUAUCCUAAGAUUUAUAGUAGCUCUAGGGGUGACCAUCGACCUGAAAAACCUUAGCUGACAAUACUUAAAAACAAACGUGUCUUGCAAAAGAAGACUAAUAUACAACUUUGUUUAUAAUUUCAUAAGAAAAUAUAGUAUGCAACUUCUGGUUA